AUGGCUCAGUUCAUAGAGAAGCAACAUGCUGCCAAAAAUCAAAGAGCUAAACAUCGAGCCAAUGUGCAAAAUGAAAUAAGAAGAGCAAAAGCAAAUCAAAUAAGAGCAUAUCAGCGCAAUAUUAGUAUUGUAGAAGAUGAAUGCAUCUGCAAGAAUUAUGUUUUGUGUCGUCAAAUUCUUGAUAGUGCGCUGAUAGCAAAUGAGUGCUUAGAUUCUCGAAUUAAGAGUGGUAAGCCUGGUGUGGUAUGCAAAAUUGACUUCGCAAAAGCUUUUGAUCACGUUUCAUGGGAAUUCCUCUACGAAGUUCUUGCUAAAAUGGGAUUUGGAGCUACAUGGAGAAAGUGGGAUUCAAGGUUGCAUCAACAACACACCAAUUUCAUUUAUGAAGCGUUGAAUGUGAUGUUUCAAGUAGGUCAUAAUCGAGGGGGUAUUGGUGGAUUUGAAAUGAGUCCUAAUGGUUCAAAAAUCAGUCAUUUGCAAUUCGCCGACGACACAUUGGUUUUCUUAGAUGACACAUUAGAGCAAAUGAAUUACCUUAGAUACACCCUUCUUGGGUUUGAGAUGAUAUCAGGGCUUCACAUAAACUUUGCUAAAUGUAGUAUAUCCGGGGUUGCAAAUGCUUCUAACCUAGAACAAAUGGAUGCAAUGUUGGGUUGCUAA